CAAACUGUAACCACCACUUUCCACUUUACAAGCAAACAGAAAACAACAAUCACCCCCACUCGGAUUCAGUCAGCCUUCCCAUAAAAAGAACCAUCUCUCAGAUUCUCUCUCUCACUCCAACACGCGCACACAACACAACACAUCAUAACGCAACAUUCUCUCUCUCUCUCUCUCUCUCUCUCUCCCUCUCUCUCUCUCGUUCUUACACACUUGGGUGCCAAUCAAAAUCAUCACCAACCCCACUUUGUAUAUGCUUGGAUUCGUAAGGCUUCCUUGUGAACCACACUGACUUUAUUCACAAUCCUUGCCCCUUUCCAUAUCAUAUACAUACAAGACUAAAUUGUUUGGUCCAAAUCUCUCUGCUUUUCUUCCUCCCCAGAAUUUUCCAGCCCAAGUUGUUAUUUCCUAGAAAAGAAAAAAAGCCUUUCAUAUUCGACCUGCUACAAGCCUUUUUAAUUUGUGGAUGGUAUCUUCACCAUCCAUCAUUCAUCAACUGAGUUUUGAGUUUAAGGACAAAGAGAUUCAGACUUGAUGGAGUGAGCUGAGCAAGAUUUGGUGAGAAUCUAGACUUGGAAUUUGAAUUUAUUUACUGGUAAGCCAUGGCAAGAGGCAGAGGAGAGAGAGAAGACUAUGAGAAGAACCCGGGUUUGCUCUCACUCUUGCAAAUUCUCUCAUUUUUGGUUGUUUUUGUUGCCGGGGUCGUUAUAGGAUUAGCAACAAGCGCGCAUAUUAAUAGGCAUUUUGGUUCACAAACUGAGAUUUACUCCUUCAUUAAUCACUUCUCCUCCAAUAAGCCAAAUAAGGAGGAAAAUUGUACCAUUGUGCAAGGUUGCGAGAAGGUUGAUUGUUUGAGCAUGGAGACGUUUCUUCAACCGAAGAAUUUGACACACGGUAUGUCUGAUGAUGAGCUCUUUUGGAGAGCUUCAAUGGUGCCCGGGAAGGAAGACUUUCCAUUCGAGAGAGUACCUAAAGUGGCUUUCAUGUUUUUGAGUAGAGGACCUUUGCCCAUGAUGCCAUUGUGGGAGAGGUUUUUUCAAGGCCAUGACAAGUUUUUCUCGAUUUACUUGCACAUGUUUCCAGGGUAUAAGCUCAAUGUAUCUAGCACUUCUCCCUUUUAUGGACGCCAAAUUCCCAGUCAGCCUGUUUCAUGGGGAACAGUAACACUAGUUGAUGCAGAGAGGCGCCUUCUAUCCAAUGCCUUGCUUGACUUCUCAAAUCAGCGCUUUAUUCUUCUCUCUGAAAGCUGCAUCCCAGUCUAUAAUUUCCCGACUGUCUACAAGUAUCUCAUUGGCUCUAACCAUAGCUUUGUUGAGUCGUACGACGAUCCUGGCCGUUAUGGACGUGGUCGUUACAGCCGAAAAAUGCUUCCUGAGAUUGAACUCUAUCAGUGGAGGAAAGGGUCUCAGUGGUUUGAACUUAGCCGUACAUUAGCAAUUUACAUAGUCUCAGAAACAAAGUACUACACCCUCUUCAGCAGGUAUUGCUUGCCUGCUUGCUACCCGGAUGAGCAUUACAUGCCAACUUACUUCAACAUGUUCCAUGGAUCACUAAACUCAAAUCGGACCGUGACUUGGGUUGACUGGUCGCUGGGAGGUCCGCACCCUGCAACAUACGCGGGAGAUAACAUUACAGAAGAUUUGGUACGGUCGAUACGUAACAAUGGAGCACUCUGUCAGUACAAUUCAGAGAUGACAUCCAUUUGUUACCUAUUUGCUAGGAAGUUUGCACCAAGUGCAUUGGAGCCAUUGCUGGAUCUGGCCUCAUCAGUGAUGGAAUUUUGAUUCUAUGAGCAGAGAAUUUUUUGUAGGACUUUUAUUCUUGUCCGACCGUAGGGGUUUUGGCCAAUCAGUUUUGCAUCAAUACAAAAAUGUACAGAUAGUUUUGGAUAGAGAGUUUGGGUUCUCUAUCA